GACACGGGGAGGGAGCAGCACCCGUGGGUGUACAAGGAGGCUCCCCCAUUGCAGGGCUCCAGGCUGCUGGACGUGUCUGGGCACUCCGGGAGGUCCGGCAGAGCCGAGCCGAGCCGAGCCGUGCGGGACAUGCUGGCCUGGCCUGGCUGAGCCCGGCCCCGGCCCCGCUGCCGGUCACGGAACCGCAGCGACCCGGACCCACGAGGAUCUGAUAUCAGCGCAGCCCCGUGUCCGGACCCACGAGGAUCUGAUAUCAGCGCAGCCCCGUGUCCGGAUCCACGAGGACCCUCAGCACAGCAUCCAGCCAGCAUGGAGCCGGCUCCGGAGCUGAAGAGGAAUAGUUUCCCCAGCAUGAACUUUGAAGCAGAGAUUCUGACAACACCACACGAUAAUUCAGAGCUCUACAUGAUCCCUGCCAUGAGAAGCCUCACGGCUGAGGAGUAUGUGGAGGCCUUUAAGGUGUUCUUGGAGCACUCAACAGAGCACCAGUGCAUGGAUGAGUUCAACAGGGAACAAAUGCCCACCAUCGUGGCUGGUCUGGGCACUGGAAAAUCGACCCUCAGCGUUCUGGGAGUUGGGAGUGGCACAGGUGAGCAGGAUUUGAAAAUGAUCAGGAUACUGCAGGCUGUGCACCCAGGGGUCUUUAUUGACAAUGAGAUUGUGGAGCCCAACCCACAGCACGUGGCAGCUUACAAAGAGCUGGUGAAUCAAGCUCCAGACCUGCAGAAUGUUUCUUUUAUUUGGCACCAGCUCACUUCCUUGGAGUAUGAACAGCAGGUGAAGGAGAGAGGCACACAUAAGAAAUUUGACUUCAUCCAUAUGAUCCAGAUGCUGUACCGUGUGGAGGAUAUUCGCAGUACUAUCAAGUUUUUCCACAGCUGCCUUGACCAUCAUGGUAAACUCCUGAUCAUAAUUUUGUCAGACAGCAGCGGCUGGGCCAGCCUGUGGAAGAAGCACAGAGACUGCCUGCCCUCCACCGACAGCGGCCACUACAUCACCUGCAGCGGCAUCACCGAGGUGCUGCAGAGCCUGGGCGUGCAGCACCGCGUCUACGAGCUGCCCUCCGGCUGGGACAUCACCGAGUGCUUCAGCGAGGGGGACGCGGUGGGCGGCCGCAUGAUGGAUUUCCUGACGGGCACCAAGAACUUCCUGGGCACGGCCCCGCCGGCGCUGCGGCGGCGGCUGCAGGCGGCCCUGCGGCAGCCCGAGUGCAGCAGCACCAGGGACGGCAGGGUCAUCUUCAGCAACAACCUCAGCAUGAUCGUCGUGGAGUCCUAGAGCCUGCAGUGUGCCUGGACUUGUAUUUAACACUGUGCUCCUGCCUGUGAUUUCAGUGGGAGUUGCACUUUGUGCGGGCAGCGCGUUUGCACAGCCACGGACGGGUGUGCGCGGCCUGGGCGGCUGUGAGGGGUGGCGGCCCCCUCACAAAGCUGCUGCUGCCGUGUGUGCCACUGAUGCCUUCUGUCCCCUCUGGGUCACCAGGAACUGAUUAAUGUGAAGGCUGACCUAGAGCAGAGACUGGACAGAGCUAAAGAAUGAAGUAGGGAUUUAUUAAACUGCCUCAAUGAAUGCACCUUGGACAGCACAAGAGCCCAGCCAGGGCUGUACCAAAAUGGUCACAAAAUGCAUGAGCGCUCAUGGGGUCUCUCAUAAGUUCUGCUCCAUUUGCAUAUUGGAGUUAAUUGUCCAAUUCCAGCUUUAGAUUAUGAAGUCCCAUCCUGCUUGUU